AGCCACCGUCCCUUCCGCCGCACGCAAUGUUACCUCGACAUCUACUCGCCCUCUCAUUUAGUCUCAUAUUUGAAUCUCUUGCGUAUGCAUACACACCGUCUUCGUUUCUUUCGGAAUCUCCGGUGCGGAAGCAACAGGUGCAGAAUGUCCUGGAGCACGAGCCGGUAACAGAGGCAGUUUGCGAGCGCCAUCUUACAGGUCCUAUAGAGACUACACUGUGUGACUACGAGACGAUUGAGAGCGUCAACGACGAGCUCUUCAAUCAGUUGCACGCACUGGUAGAAACGCCGUUCUUCAAGUAUUUCCGCGUCGACCUUUACCGCGACUGUCCAUAUUGGGAGGAGAAUGGUUUCUGUGCCAAUAGAGAAUGUGGUAUUACUACAGUAGACGAGAGUGAGAUACCGGAGAAAUGGCGAGCAGCCGCUCUUAGUAAACUCGAGAAGCCUUCGAAAGGCGAGGUAAUCCGACUUCCUGGCUGUUACUACCGCGACUCCGACUACUGCUUCCUCGAUGAUCCCUUGGAUGGUGAUUACGUUGACCUCACGCUGAAUCCCGAGCGUUUCACGGGCUACAUUGGGCCUUCUGCACAUCGCGUUUGGUCCGCAAUCUACUCCGAGAACUGCUUCGGUCUGUCGCAGCAUGCUGUGUUGAAUGAACCGGUGCCAGACAUCGUGCGAGCGGAUGGGGAGUGUCUCGAACAGCGUGUCUACUACAAGAUCAUCUCAGGUCUUCACACCAGUAUCUCGACGCACAUCUGCCAUGAUAUGAUGGACCAGACUACCGGCCAAUGGGGUCCGGAUCUCCAGUGCUUCAUCAAUCGCGUAGCGGCGUACCCCGAACGGCUCCAAUAUCUGUACUUUGACGUCGUACUGCUCCUGCGCGCAGUAGCGCGUCUCGGGCCAUACCUGUCUGCGUACGAUUACUGUGGCACCGAUGACCACGAGAAGGGCGUGCAUCUCGAGACGCACGAGAGGCUCGAACGGGUGAUCGACGUCGCGACUGCGGUCGGCAAGUUCGACGAGACGGUACUCUUCCGGGGGGAGAACGCGAAUGUGCACGUUGAAGGAGAGUUCAAGGAGCACUUCCGCAACGUGACGCGGAUCAUGGACUGCGUCGGGUGCGACAAGUGCCGCCUCUGGGGCAAGGUGCAAACGACCGGUGUUGCUACCGCAUUGAAGGUCCUCUUCGAGCUGGACGAGAAGGCGUUAGAUCCGUCGGCGAACCCGAACCUCCUCCAGCGCUCAGAAGUGGUGGCCCUCAUCAACACCCUGCACCGCUUCUCAGAGAGCCUCGCGGCGGUGAACGACUUCCGCAAGCUAUGGGCAGCGGCCGACGCGCAGGACGAAGAGCGCAUGAUCGAGGUGGCGGCGUCCGCCGCCGCUCAGCCUCCCAGGUCGCUCCACUCGCCCGUCGCCGGGAAGGACACGGCGCCGGACACACUCCUAGCCGAUCUCUGGUACGGGACGGUCGGGUGUGUGCGCGGACUCGUGGAGGGGCUUGGGACAUGUCGGGGAAGGAACAGGGCCCGAGGAGCGACCUGUGAGAACGGUUGCUGAGCACAUUGCGGGGUGACUACAUCUGUAGCACGCGGGGCAGCUUCUGUCGCCGUGCACGCCUGUACUAUGAAUAGGGAACAUACUAUAAUAUGAUAGCGCCUGUGUAAUGGACUACAUUUAUGUCUAUUUCGGGGACGGGCGCCCAAGGACGAUCCUUCUUAUGGCGGGCUGUGUCGGAAUAUGCAAAUCACCAGGCACUGCCCGGGUCAGUGCGAGCGUGGUCA